AUGUUAAUGCAGCUCCUGUGGUUGCAGCCUUGCCGCUGGGACGAUGAAGUAUCCAGCAUAAUCGCCGACAAGUGGGAAAACUACAUCCAACAACUGCCAAUGCUGAACGACUUUCGUGUGCCACAUUACAACCGUACGGAACGGAAGGUUCUUUCGGACAACAACAAAUGCUCAACAAUAGAUCAUGCAGUUCGUGACAAAUUCAGAGCAGAUCUUCAGGGAACUAAACUUACUCGUGGUGGAGAUAUUUCACUAGAAAAAUUGCAACCUAUCGUAACAGUACAACCGAAUGUUGAAGUUACGAAGGUUUCUGGUACUUCGACUCACAAUGUUCCAACUUACAACUCAACACCUCUUGUGCAUACAAAUACAAGUUGUACGACCCCAAGCUCACAAAAUGUUGCUGCGAAUCUGUAUUUGGAUGCCGGGUCUUUCUUGCAGUCAACAACUGCUCAAGCUGCUGCAGCUGUACAAUUGAUGCAACCAAUCGCUACUUCCGGCCAGCAACAAAAUUUCGGUUCCCCUGUUCUACCAGGCCCAGCGCAGCCUUCGACUUCAUAUUGUCAAGUUGAAAUAGAACAACCAUCUAUCAGUACCAAGAUGUUGACAGGGUUGUCUCCGGCACAGUCUGCGCAAUUCGAACCUGACGCCAUGUUCGUGAAUCAUGAGGAAGUCAUGUACUAUACACCAGCAGCGGAAAACCAAGCUAUGUCUAACCUUCAAAUAGCAGGAGGAAUGAGUUAUGAACAAAUGAAGGCAGAUUUGAAGGAGUUCAUCGAGCAUACGGUUGGAAAAGUGGUUGAAAAAAGUUUCCAAACCAAUUUUGCUCGUUUUGCAGCGUUGUUGGAAAUCGAAAAGAAAGACGAUUCUGCUACAUCUUCAUCUGGUGAUGCGGUGGAGAGACAUACUCGUAUCAACACCGAAGAAGAGCUGAUUGCAUGGAACAUCAAGCUAAAUAACAAAGAGCUGUGUCGCAGCUAUCUGGACUACUUUUCAAAAAUAAUUAUUCCAAAUGCCUACAAUGAAAAAGGUGAUAAUGCUUGCUACAUCAUAGUGGAUUGUCUGUUCACUCGCGACUUCUGGACAACGAUGACGUGGACUGGAAUAAGCCGUGGUAACAAAGCCAAGAGGGGAUUUCGUGAAUGUGGAAACGUAACAAAGCUUCUGUGUAGUAUUGCGCAGAUAGGAGAUCCGUUGUAUACAGCUACUAAACUGGAAAUGUUCUGUCGCAAUCGCUUGUUCAGAUACUGUAAGUCUCGAGCCAGCAAUCGUCAGCUCAGAAAAUCAGCAUGCAGGAAACGACGUAGUCUAAAAUCGCAAGUAUCAACUCCUAAAGGGCCAGAUGAUGUCGCUGAUUACAACUCGAAUGAUUCAGACGUCUCCGAAAACAUUGAACAGAAAGCUGAAUGCACUACAGAUGAUGACAUCGGUGAAGAGUCGAAUGACGGAAGUGGAAAUGAAAGCAGCACCGAAGAUGAGUAAUUCCUUCGAUUAAAAAUGAGUUAUGUCGGAAACGUUGAAUUUCCAA